CGAUUGAAAUAUCUAGCAGAGUAGCAGACGAAUUAUAUUUAUCUGAUUGAGUUAAACCUGGAAGUGUUUCAAAUAUAGAAAACAACAAAUCAGUAUUUAAUCAACUUGUUGAUUUCAAAACACAUACAAAUCCAUCAGAAUGAUUUCUAAAUUUGAGAGCUAAUCUGUUUUAUUGCUUUAAUUGUUUUAGGAAGAUUAACAAGAUCUAAGUCAUUGUUUGUGAUAACAUUGCAAUUUUCUUUGCAUUGGACUGUGGGCCAUCAUCAACUUGAUUGCUUCAUCAUGGUGGAGGGCAAAAAUGAUUAUGCAUCAGAUUCUGAAGUCCGGAUACUUUUAGCCAGUGUUGGCUCUGAAGAGUUUUCAGAAUCGGAUGAUACCAGUCUCUACUCAGGGAAAGAUGUAGCAGUUCUGGACAAUAGUCUUGUUUCCAUCUCAUCCAAGAAAGUAGUUUUGAAAGUGUAUAAACGAAGAUGGUUUAUCUUAGGUCUAUUCUCCUCAUUAUCUUUCAUGCAGUGCACGGUUUGGAAUACAUGGGGACCAAUAGCUGAAUCUUCACUCACAGCUUUCCCUAGCUGGGAUGCUAAAACCAUAGCCUUAUUUGGAAAUUGGGGUACAAUAACAUUUGUCAUCUUUACAGUGCCUCUAAUCUGGCUUUGUGAUCUAUAUGGAUUAAGAGUUGGCAUGAUGGUUAGUGCUUUACUCAUGGCAUUUGGUACUUCAAUCCGAUGCAUAUCAAUGAAUGAAACCAUUUUUACAUGGAUGGCUCAUUCUGGAGCUAACUUUAAUGGAAUAGCUGGAAUAGUCUUGUGUGCUGUUCCCCCUGCAUUAUCUUCCCACUGGUUUCCCCCUAAUGAAAGAACCACUGCUACAGGGAUUAGCAGUGUUUUCAAUCAAUUGGGAAAUGCGGGAGGCUUCCUUUUAGGUCCUCUAUUGGUUCGGGAGCCAGAUCUUUCAAAUAACAAAACAAUCACAAAAAGCAAUGUCAGACUAUUGAGGAACGACAUUUUAAACUUAAUGGAUGCCGAGGCCUUGAUUUGUGCAAUUCUUUUCUUCUGCGUUGUGGUUUACUUUCCAUCAAAACCUAGUCUUCCGCCAAGCUUGACCUCAACAGUUCAACGUUUAAACAUCAAAGAAGGAUUUCUCCAAAUUUUAAAAAAUCGAGAGGUUCUUUUGCUGACAGCAGCCUUUAGUUUGUCACAAGGAGUCUUGGGAGUGUGGCUUGGUGUAAUGAAUGUCAUGAUCGAGAUGAAUGUUAAUCUGGAGGCACUUAAUUUAAAUCAGGUGCAAAGCGGUUGGCUAGGUUUUUGGGCAAUUGUCGCCAGUUGCGUCCUCGCGUUGGUGAUAGCCCGGCUGACAGAUUACCUUGCUGGCCACAUGAAGAAAACCAUUACCGUGCUGUUAAUUGUUUCGGCGAUUGCGUUCACCGUCCUGGCCAUGAUGUGCCUGGCAAUGAUCGAACCCUCGGCAUAUCUAUUGUACGCCACUGUCAUUGUUGGUUCCUGUGCUAAUUAUGCAGCCUCACCUCUCUUCAUGGAGCUGGCAGUUGAGCUGGCCUUCCCUGUAGAUGAGACAGUAGUGGGCGGGUUUAUGUCUUGCACAUACAAUCUCAUUGGAGCACUUUUCCUUUUUGCUUUCUUCAUCCCGGAUAUAGGUGUCACGUGGAUGAACUAUUGUUUGGUGGCUGCACCUGCCGUUUCACUACCUUUUGUGUUCAUGGCGAAAGAAGAAUACCGUCGCAGUAGCUUAGACAAAGAAUGCGUUGAAGACAAGUCUUUAUUGAUAAAUUCCACGUUAGGUUAUAACGACGAAAUUUGAUCUCACGUAUUUAAUAUGCGCUAAUCAUUCCACUAAAAUAGUCCUCAUGGAGUUAUUAUUUGUACACAAUUUUGUCUGUUAUUAGAAUAUUUCGUUCUUUUCUAUGCUUCGUGAGGCAAUGCUAUGUGACUUCGUAAAAUCUAGUGCAAUUGAAUAGGUGAAAAUUAGCUGUAUUUAUAUUAUUUACUAUACGCCAUAUUUUCCUUGUUGCUUUUUGUAUUGUUCCAUGUUGAUCAUUGUUGGUUGUAUACAUGUCUAGAAAAGAGUGCAUAUUGAUCCUUUGAGACCCCUAUCCGUCUGUUGGUCUCGUUCAGUCAGCCAAUGUUAAUUUCUUUAGUUGUUUUCCUCUCAUAUUCGAUUCGAAUUUUAAGAAGCAGUUGUGUGGUUUCUUUAACUAAUACCAGCAGAGAAAACACCUAAAAAAACGAGGCUUUAUUUAUAAGUAACUUUUUCCUCUAUAUUCCAAUAUGACGUAUUGAUCUCAAAGAAAUCCAGAAACAAAUACAGAAAUCUAAUUCCG